UGACCGAUGAUCCUUUUAGAAGGACGAGGCUCUGGUCUUGUAGUGUCUCAUGCUGACCGAAGAAGCCCAGACAAAAUGUCUGUCUCAAGUCCCUGCCUAACCUUGUUUUACUUGAUGCCCUCUCUACUCUGCGGAAUCAACUACUCGGUCGAUUUAUUACGUUAGCUAGCGCACAGUAUCCAAUACCAUGGUAGAUCGGCCUGUCCCAAUGUCGACAUUGCGUCCACGUAAAUCUGACAAUGAUGCCGAACCAAUCGAAUCCAUGCCAUCUGCAGGAGCAAACCGUAAUGAACAAAUACAUAGAAGACGCCAUAACAAUCAGGGAAUCAUUGAGAAUCCCCUAGUUCACCUAAAUGAUGAUGAGCUUUUGCAGGAUGUCAUGGUAUUCUGGGAGGAAUGUCUGCCAAGGGUUGACCGAGGUGAACUGAUUAGAGCAGCCAGAGUCGCCCAAAAUGCCCGCUCGUAUGACGAGAUCGCCAGGUCUACGAGCCGGGACUCAAAGACUGGCCCUAACGAAGGCGGCUACAAUCCUCUAGUCCAGCUUAGAGAAGAAGAGAAAGCUGCACUGAUAGCCGAGAAGGACUCUCUUUUCUCUCAAAAGGGCAUGUUCGUCGUCAUUCUUACCGUCUCACUUGCGGCCUUUCUACAAGGCUUCGUCCAAUCCUCUAUCAAUGGAGCCUCUCUAUUCCCAGAUCAAUUGGGUUUAGGAGCGUCUGAUUCUACAGUUAGGGAGGACGACUACAAACUUGGGGCGGCUAACGCCUCUCCCUUUUUCUUCGCCGCCUUGCUAGGUUGCUGGUUGUCCCUGCCCAUCAAUGAUCUAGUUGGUCGCCGAGGGGCAAUGGCUAUAGCUGCAUUGCUUAUAUUUGCUAGCUCAUUGGGCGCGGCGUGGUGUUUGAGCUGGAAAAGUUUAUUCUCUAUACGUGUGGUAAAUGGCAUCGGUAUGGGAGUUAAGGCCGUUAGCACGCCUAUUCUGGCGUCUGAGACAGCAGUCGGCUUUUGGAGAGGUAGCGCCAUCCUAGCGUGGCAAUUGUGGGUCGCUUUUGGGAUCAUGAUGGGUUUCGUGUUCAACCUGGCCUUCUGGGCAUCGACAUCAGAUAAUCCGAAGCUGACGGUGCAGCUGAUCCUGGGCUCUCCUUGUGUUCCAGCAAUCUUCCUCCUUAUAGGGCUAUAUUUCUGUCCAGAGAGCCCUCGGUAUUAUCUGAGACGGACCACGCCUAAUUAUAAUCCCCAGAAGGCAUAUGAAAUCCUGCUGAAAAUUCGGAAAACAGAACUCCAAGCUCUCCGUGACGUCUAUUUAGUCUAUAAGUCCGUUCAGCUCGAAGAGUAUACGGACAACAUCGACGAAGAAGCCCCUCGAGGAUUCUUUGGCCACGCUAAGAAUUAUGUGUCUCAAUACAGACAGCUCUUCACUCAACGACGGCUGAGAAAUGCUCUGAUAAGCAGUUCGAUAGUCGCGUUAUCCCAGCAAUUGUGUGGUAUCAACGUGUUCGCGUUUUAUUCAGGUACACUAUUUAGUAGUGUUACGAGCAGCUCAAAAGGGGACCAUCCCCUGUCCACCCCGAUGCUCUAUAGCUUCGGGUACGGGGCCGUAAACUUUUUCUGUGGUCUUCCAGCAAUUAGGACCAUGGACACGCUUGGUCGGCGCAAGUGGCUUGUCAUAACCUUGCCUGUGAUGACCCUCUUCAUGCUGGCUGCUGCGCUGUCAAGUACAACUUCCUCCGAAAUCAACAAUGGUGUAACGAGGACGGCACUUAUUGCCGUCUUCGUUUUUCGUAAGUAUGUCGAUGGCGUUUUGAAGCAACAGACAUUAACUCGAUGUGUUGCAGUGUUCACGGCUACAUACGCACCGGGGUUAGGCCCUAUCCCAUUUACCCUCGCGUCCGAAAGCUUUCCCCUUUCCCAUCGCGAAGCUGGAGCCGCGUUCGCCAUCGCAAUUAACCUACUGUUCGGCGGCCUCAUCCAAAUGUUCUUCCCCCGCAUACACGCCCGCCUCAAUGACGGGGGGUCGCUCGGCCUCUUCGCGGGCCUGAAUCUCCUCGCCUUCGUCCUCGUCUUCCUGUUCGUCGAGGAGACCAAGCGCCGCUCCCUCGAGGACCUGGACUUGAUCUUCGCCGUCCGCAAGCGCGACUUCGUCCGACACCAGGUCACCCGAUACCUCCCCUGGUUCUUCCGGCGCUAUAUCCUCGGUCGGAGGGAACGGAAGCCGCUGCUGUACAGGGACUUGAUUUGGGGCGCGCCGCGUACUGAGGUGGGCGUCGACCGUGACUGGAACGGGUUCGCGGCGACUGCUGGUGCCGCGGGUGGUGAGGAUGGGGAGCUUGGUGGCAAAGACGGUGGUGUCUCGCCUGAGUUCCCCAGACGCCCUUCGGGGCUUAUGGUGUCGGAGCAUGCCGGAAGGAUCUCGGAGGACUCAGAUGAUUCUGCGCACAGAUGAAGAAUGUGGGGGCUUUGUUCGCGCUGUGUAUUUGUUUGUGUGUGAUUGAUCAUUAUCCUUACCUAUCAUAGAGGAGUUCUAAGUUUAUAUUUCAUGGCUUAAGAUGUAAUUAAGCCUUACCCCAGAAUUGAAGGGGUUUCGACAAAUCAAUGCUUUUCACCUAGUAUCCAAGUCUCCUAGGUACUGCC